AUGACCACACUGCUACCCAAGCGUGCUUUGCGAUCGCAUACCAAAGUGGCUGAUGGUGGCGUGGAGAGUGGAGCAAUGGACAUUCGCAGUGUCUCCGAUUACCUCAAAAGCUGGAUGAAAGGCACUGUACCGAAAGUCGUAGUGACUGAUGAUGUGAUUACGGUGCUGGCAACUACCUAUCUCGGACCAGUCGGUGACCUCGAGAAGGAGUUCGGCUCUGGUCCGGACGAUGCUGCGGAGAUGAAACUGGCCGAAUUGGCUGGUAAGUUCCUUGACUACGCGUCGCCGGGCAAGGUGACAAGUGCUCUGAUUGCCAAGGGGUCGGUGGACAGAUGUAGAGCGUACUCAUUAUACGUUUGGCAGCUUUCUCAUCUCCCCCUACUGUCGCGAUACAUGAAUAAUAUCCACGAAGCAAACCAACGCUCGUCUACAGAAACCGUUGACGUCGUUCGAGGUGUUACUGCGACUACGCCGUGGUCAGUAGAAACUAUCCGUGAUGACGCUGAUGGUUUGCGGGUACUGCAUGAGCGCGCUGUGGCAACACUAGUGGUUCGAGUUGGUCAGAUUCAUGGAAGGGCUCGUGGAGGCUGA